AUGUUCAUUGAUCUUGCUUGCUCCUUGGGACCAGGCAUCACAGGAAGACUGGCCAUGCAGCAGAACCCACCACCGUUUAAGAGAUUCGCCCGAGAGCGCUUUGAUGGCGCCUCCCUUCAGAAUGAGCGUCCGGCCUCUGUCACCAACAACACUCACGGAGGCCCUUCCCGGAUAUCUCUAGAUGAACCUCAACAUAGCCGACAACAAACCGGUCCGCCGAGCACGCUGCAAGUAGACCAGUACCACACCGAACACUAUUGGGCACCAUCGCCUCUUACCGGUAUCUGGCCUCAACAUACCCCUCUUCAAGACUCGAGACCCAAUGAACCACUGCGGGAUUCAUAUAUCGUCAGCCCUCUUGGACCCGACGUUCCAUAUCCGUGGCGGCUUCGAGCACCUCCGGUAGAGAGAACAUUAUCAACACCCACAGUGAGCCAGCGUCGGCAGCAUGGAGCUUAUCGUAGUGGAAAUGAUCCGCGAUCUUCAGAAGCAAGCGCAUCUCCCAUGCAACUCCCACCCCAGCCGCAGCUACGCCCAUACAGCAUUGCGAAUGAUCUAGUUCCGCACUCAGUAAGCCAGCCUAACACGCCGAGCUGCUAUCCAUAUACACAACAGCAGGAUCUUGAUGAGCCGCCCCCCUCAAUCACGACCGGAGAAUCGUCAACUCAAUUGGGAUCCGGGAGACGGAGGCCCCGAAGUGCUACAGGCAUGGGUGAUGCGAAUUUCACAAACGACGAGUUCCACCUUUUCGUUCAAGCCACUGCGGGUUUAGGACCGGACUUGGGAACGGAACAGUCGUUCAGGACACCUAACCUACCGUACAAUAUGCCAGACCGCGAGGAAUCUUACCAUGGAGCUGGAUAUACGCCACGGAAUGACUUGAGCAUGAUGAUCUUGGAACCCGAUACUGUGACGGCCACGCGAGCAUACCAGGCGGCAACCACACCCCACGGAAGAACAACGGAACAGCAAGAGUUCGCACCAAGCCGCCCUCCAAUGCAGAGGCUGGAGACGUCCUCCUCCGCUUUAGACCUGUGGCUACAACCACCAAGUGCUGCUCCGUUAGAUGAUGAUUAUACUGUCAGUCCGAUAGAAGAUGAACUUCCUGAUUAUGCAACCAGUCAAGCACAGGCGCAAGCUGAACAAAGAAUUGAAGCUGCGAGAAGAGCGAAGGAACUAAGACGAAGGUGGGAGGAGAGUCGUCAUUGA